AUGGAGGACCCAUCUAAAGGUGAGGAGAUUGAAGUGGAACCGGAGGAAUCCGAUCCUGAUAAAGAUGAUGAGACCACUGUAGAUAGUGAGCCCAUGGAGGCCGCGGUGGUCCCUCCUCCCAGACCCUCACCUUCGAGCCCUUAUAGAGACAUCCUGAGAAGGACUAGGAAAACUCUCCAAACAGCUAGGAAUACCACUUUUGGCUACAGAGGAAUUCAGAACCCCCGACGUGGAUUAUACGAGGGCAUGAGGAGGGGUCUGACAGACCCUGAUUGGAUCACUACAUUCGUCGAGGACAAAAUCUCUGGUGGAAGAAUUACCACCCGAUAUGAGGAUGGGCAGAGCUCAGGAGUGCGCCCUCCGCCUACUGAUGAUAGAGGAUCCUUGGCCUUGUUAUUUGAACGCACCAUAAAACUGGAAAAGCAAGCGAGAGUGAUGUCAAGUGAAAUCAAGGUGCCUGAGAACAACACCACUCACAUAGCAUGGAGAGCAUGA